UUCUCGAAUGCAUGUCUUGUGAGUUGUUGUUGAAAAAACAACGAGAAGUGCAGAAAUGUGAAUAAACAGUGUCACGUUACGAAUAUUUCGUUUAAAAUGUAUCGUAAAAUUGUGUGGUGUUACGUAUUUGUGUUGACCUUAUUGGAUAUUUCGUUAAAGACCAGACUGUCGGCCCAAGGAAAGAGUCAUGGUGUCACACUACAUGAUUCUCUGAUAGAAGGGAUCAGUUUUCAGGAAUGGGGGAGCGAGGCAGGCGACAGUAAGCGCGGUGCCGAGGGGAUAUGGCUGCAGCCGCCGAGUUUGGAGUUCGGGCGCGCCGCGCUGGCCGAGCCGCACGCGCGCCGCGUCACCCUUACCAACCUCGCCAACACCACCAUACACCUCGCCUCCGUGGCCGGCACCACACCUGACUUCCAUGCCUCAUUCUUUGAGUCAAAGACACUGGCGCCACAAGCCAACACGACGUUCAGUGUCGUGUACCUGGGCCGGCACGAGGGCCCGGCCUCCGCCCACCUCUACAUACACACCUCGCUCGGAGUGUUCAAGUACCCCGUGUCGGCGGAGGGCGUGGCCAGCGAGUGGGGCGUGUGGCCGUUGGUCGGAGUGCGCGUCCCUCUCAACGCGACGGUGGAGCCUCUCCUCACGCUGUACAACCCCACGGCGCACCCCGUGCAGGUGCGCGCACGCUCACUAACCAGCCCAGCGCUUGUUCGCGAUAAAGUAUCCCGCUCUUUUGAAAACGAAUCCGACGGCGUAUAUUUGUCGCUGGAGACUUCGCGUCUGGAGCCGCACCAGCCGCUGCGCCGCGUGGGCCGCGUGACGUUGGACUACGGCGAGAUGUGGGCGGCGGCGGCGGGCGCGGCGCGGCAGGCGUGGUGCGGCGGCUGGCUGCGCGUGGGCCGCGCGCGCGCCCGCUACUCCGUGCGCGUGCUGGCGGGCACGCUCGCACUGCACCCGCCCCGCUUGCUUUUUAUUACAGCGGACGAAAAGAAAGCCUUGGAAGAACGUGAAAUUCGCGUUCACAACGAGUUCCCGGUGCCCCUCCACAUCACCGGGCUGCACUACCCGCCGGAAGUACUGGAGCAUUUCCACCACGAGAGCGCAACGCCGAUGGUCCUGGGCGCGGGGGAGCAGGCCCGGCUGGGCUCGCUGCGGCUGCGCGGCCUGCAGCCCGGCCUGCUGCUGGACGCCAACGUCACCGUGCGCACCAACCUCACGCACUACACGCUGCCGCUGCAUCUGUACUCCGGCCAGCUUCUACUGGAGUGGGAGUGGCCGGCCGAGCACAGCAGCGCUGAGGAGCUGCGGCUGGGCGCCGUGGGCACGUCCACUCGCACCGUGGUGUGGGCGCGCCUCCGCAACCCCGGCCCGCGCCCCCUGUGCGUAGUGGAGGCGCAGGCCGACCUGCCCGGCGUGUCCGUGUGGCUGGCGGACGGCGCGUGCGUGGCGCCCCGGCACGCCGCCCGCGCGCGCCUCACCGUGCACGCGCCCGCCCGCCCCGCCGCGCUGCGCGGCCGCCUGCGCGUGCGCACCGAGCACGCGCUGCACGAGACGCGCCUGUCCCUGCGCGCGCUGGCCGGCCGCCUGCUGGUGCACCCGCUGCACUUCGGGUACGCGGCGCCCUACGUGUGGGCGUCGGCGGCGCUCGUCCUAGAGAACAGCAUGUCGGUGGGCAUGCGGCUCGUCAACGUGUCGCGCCCGGAGCCCGAGCCGGCCGUGUGGUUCGUGUCGGAGGGCGGCGGCGCCGAGUGGUCGGGGCGCAGCGCCGCGGGCCGCGUGCUGUUCGCGCCGGAGCGCCUGUGCGCGCCGCGCUGCUACACGGGGCUGGACCUGCGCGAGCCGGAGGGCGCGGCGUGGGCGGCGCGGGGUGCCGGGGGUCUGGAGGCCGACGCCGCUCUGCACGCCGCGCGGUUCGCACAGUACGCCGCCCUGGCGCACACGCACGUCAACAUCUCGCUGCACGUGCACACGGACCAGGCGGCGGGGGCGGGCGCGGCGGCGGGGGCGGCGGGCCCGGCGCCGCUCGGUGCGGCGACCACGCUGCGCCUGCGCGCGCGCAACCCGUCCGCGCUGCCGCUGGUGCUGCAGCCGGUGCUGGCGCCCGUCGACCUGCGGCUGACUGAUGCUGUAGAAUCUCCGCACUGUAAGAGUGAACAGUGCGUGUGGACCCACGACGCCUUCGCGCUCAGCGAGUGGAGGAGCACGCGGGGACUCGCGCGGGAGUGGAGCCCGGGGGAGGGGGGCGCACCUCCCCGCCCUACCGCGCGCCCCUCUCCUCAAGUCCUGCCGCCGCUCCUGCUCGCGCCCGAUGCAGAGGUCGAGCUCAAGAUCACGUUCACGCCCAACGAAGCCGCCGCCCUCACCACGUACCUGUACCUCAGAAACAAUUUAACGAUAAUCGAAGGCGUGCAGCUGUGGGGCCGCGGCGCGCACCCGCGGUUCGAGCUGGCGGGCCGCGCCGCCGGCAGCCCCGCCGCGCUGGUGCUGGAGCUGCGGGACUGCGCCCCCCAGCCGCUGCGCCGCGCCGUGUCCGUGCGCAACACGGGCGACGUGCCGCUGCGCCUGCCGACUGCGCGUGCCGCCGCUGCCGAGGCCGCGCUCCGCCUGUCCGCCCUGCGGCCCGCCCUCGCCCUCGCGCCCCCAACGUAUCCGCGGCGCCCUCCACCUCCGGCCCUUCUCCCGCUCCGACUAUACAUCCACUCCACCGCCGAGUUCUCCCUGCUGGCGGUGGCGCCCGCCGCCCUCCUGCCGCGCUGCCACUCCGCCCUGCUGCGGCCGCCCUUCGACUCCACCAUGCGCACCACCGGCACGCUGCUCGCGCUCGCCGUGUUCGUGCUCGUGCUCGCGGCCGCCGCCAUCGACGCCGAGCGGGAGCUGCGGCGGUCCCGGCCCCCGCGCCUCUCCGCCCCGCCGCUCAGGGCGCCGCUCGACCUGCGCGCGCUCGCCGCCGAGCCCCCCGCCCCCGCGCCGCCGCCCCCCUGCCUGCCGCCGCGCCCGCCCGCGCGCCGCCGUCGGACGGCUCGUCGGCCGCCCGUCCCGUCGGAUCCACAAGCCGAACGUCGGGCCUUCGAGCGUUGGCGCUCUAACGUGUUGCGUUCUGCCGAAGACGAGGACUCCCGAUCGAGCGAGGACGCAGAGCCGGACCGCGGUCCCUCCGGUUCCUCGGAGAAUGCGCCCGCCGUCAGCGCCGAGACGCCCACGGCUGCCGCACUCGAGAUGACGAACGACGGGUAUGAAGCCGACCCCGAAACCGAGGAGCGACUGGUCGGCAGCGACGAGGAUCUCGGCUCCACCGCGACCAUAUCCACGUCUUCCGCCUCUUCUUCAUCUUCUUCGUCUUCAUCUUCCCCUGUGGAGGAACGAGAACCGGUCGACGACGAUGACGUCGGCGGUCGCGAAAAAAGAUCGUUGAGCGAUACGCCCGUCGGUGCGGACGGCGAUCCCCUCGUCGAGGUCACGCCGAAACGUCGGUCGCCGCUGCGGCCCGAGGACGCGCGGGAGGGUCGGGAGGAGCGCCGGCGCCGGGAGGGAGGCGACGCGGCUCGCCGGGAGCGCGACCGCCCGCGCCGCGACUCCGAUGGGGCCAUCGUGCGGCCGCGCCCCGUUGGACCAAAACACCACGCGCGAAGGGAAAAAUCAUCCAAACGACGGUGCGAACGAGCACCCGCCUCCCCCGGACCCGUGGGCGCGCGGGCGAGCCCCGCGGCAGCAGCGGGGGGGCUUCGGUGGGGCGCCUCGUGGAGCUCAGUGGUGGCGAGAGGUGGGGGCGCAGGCCCGGAGCCGGCCCCGCUGCCCCCUAUCGGCUCCGACGUCCGGCGCCGCCCCCCUCCGGCAGACAACUCGCUAUUCUACUUCAACGGCGAGCAGAGCGUGGUCCCGCGCCCCGACGCGGACUUCGCGUGGCGCGCCUCCCCGCCCGCCGACGCCGCACCGUUCGUCUCCCCUCCGAACGAUCCGUAUCUUGAAGAGUGUGCGGGGGUGAGCUCUGGGUACGGCGGGGUGUGGGGCGGCGCGUGGGGGUGGGGCGGCGCGGCCCUCCGCCCCCCGCCCGGCUUCCCCGCGCAACCCGCGCGAGUCUACGACCCCUUCAGUUCGCUGGCCGCCAUUUGGGCCCCGUCCGCCCCCCUGUGGUCCCCCGGGACGGACGCGCCCCAGCGCCCCGAACGGUCACCACCUAAAGUCCCCGGCGCUCCUCUGGACCGAAAUUCCGACAACUAAACGCAACGCUGUGAAAAACAACGGAACUCUAGAACAAAUAAAAAUACUUUACCUCUUGGACUCUCGACGUGAUCUUCGUCCCGGCUUCAGACGGUCUGAACUGAGAUUUUCGGUUUUGACUUUAAUUUAUGUAAAGAAAAUACAUACAAAACGUUGUGCCCGUGACGGGAAGUAAAACAUUCUUUAUCCUACUGAAAAUAUCAAGGUUCGUGCAAGUUAACAUGUAUGUGAACUGUAGUGUGUGUGCUCCGGACGCUCGGCGGCGCGCUAGUCACUGUCCGCGUCGCCGCUCGGCCCUGCCAUGUCAAUCACUCUCUUACACAGUUUAGAUAAUAUGGAAACAGCAAACACCAGAUCUGAAUAAUGAACAAAGUGUAUGUAUCAAUGCCUUCCUAUGCGGACGCGGGCUGGGCGAUGCUCGCUUACAAUCAGUUGAGAUAUAACAUACUACGCCUCAUUGUACUUAAUGGGAAAUGUAACAAGCUUUAUAUUUGUGUGCAUUGUACACAUGUUCCCUAAAUGAUGUCUGUUUAAGACUGAAUAAACUCUUUGUCAAAA